GAUAUCCUCGCCGUCUUUAUCGGAGCUUCCCGGAUUUCUAACUUCAAGCCGACCACCAUGACUUCGGCCCAGGACAUCGCGUCGAAGUUGGCGUACGUUUCGGGUCAGCUGAACGCGGGUGGCAAGAAUAAACAGAUGCUAGAGUGGUUCAGGGAGUACAAAAAGCUUAGAGAGGAACUCAAACAGGCCAAGGCAGCGGAAGCCAAGGCAGCGGAAGCCAAGGCAGCGGAAGCCAAGGCAGCAGCAACUGAGUCGGAUACCGCGGCUGGGGAGACUCGAGAAAGCGCGUCGUCACCGAGCGUAGCCGAGGAGGUCCCAGAGGGUGCGGCCGGCGAGGCUCCAGGGACAACAGCCCCCAAGAACAAGCCUGAGGCUCCGGAACGGAAAUCCCGGAAGGUCACUUUCAAAGACCCGCCUGAUGACGGCAGUGCCGACGAGAGUUGACGUAGGCCGGUUUUCAGAAUGGCACCAAUCUGCAAUGAAUCUUGCCGAGACGGAUACAGGAGGGAUUGCAUGGGAUCUCGAUGCGCGACACGGCAGCAGGUGAUGGGACUAUGAUCGUGGUUUGGGCUGGUUCAUCAAAGCGGUCGUGGCAGUUUUGCAACGGUGGGCA